AUGUACUCCUUUCUAGCCAACGGCGCCUUGAUCGGCCCAAGUGUCUAUGUCAACGUCCUCGCCCAGCAGUUUGGUAAAACACCCAGUCAAACAUCGCAGCUGGUGAAUAAUCCAAAUCUUCUCUUCGGAUUGGGCUCCCUUAUUUUCGUUCCUAUGUACCAGAAAGUCGGCCGCAGACCCACAAUGCUAAUCUCGAUCAUUGUCUUCUGCGGUGGCCUGCUAGGCUGUGCUCUGUCCAAAUCAUACAAUGUCCUGAUGGGCUUCCGAAUGGUUCAUGGCUUCGGCUCAUCAGUUUGCGAAGCAUUACCAGCACAAGCUGUGGCCGACGUCUUCUUUUUCCACGAACGAGGAAAAGCCUUGGGCUGGUAUACCUUUGCACUUGCAACUGGCUCUCUAAGUGCUACUGCUGCUAGUUACAUGUUGUCCAGUGGGUUGUCGUAUAAUCUAUUCUUCUGGAUAGAAUUCGCUCUCGGAUGUGUACUCUUCCUCGCCACUCUUGCCUUUUUUGAGGAGACAAUGUACCUGGAGGAACGUCAACCUCCUUCACCCUCCGGCCAACAACCGACUGACGCUGAUUCCACCAAAGACGAGCCCCAAGCAACUUCGGAGUGCAUGGAAUCUAGGCUUGAGGAGUCUGUAACAGUUCCACCGAGGAAGUCCUACUUGGAGCAGUGCAGGAUCUUCGGAAAGACGGACCCCGAUACCCAGGUAUUCAUGAUGAUGAUCCGAUCUUUCACUUACCUCAUUGUACCCCAAGUGUUCUGGGUCUGCUCUACCUAUGGGAUGGUCAUUGGGCUUGCUGGUCUCGCCUUCACUUCAACUUUCCCAAGCAUUGUGGCCGCUCCUCCAUACUCCUGGCCAAUUGAGAAUACCGGCCUCGUGGCAAUAUCAGCAUUCACUGGCUAUUUAUUAGCAGCAGGACCCUUUAGUAGCGUCCCGGAUCGAGUCUCCGCUUGGCUUACGCGUAAGAAUAAUAAUAUUCAUGAAGCUGAGUACCGCCUCUGGUGUCUAGCGAUUGUCUUCUUCAUAUCCCCAGCAGCACUUAUCCUGUAUGGAUAUAGUGCAGGAAACCACAUGCAUUGGUUCGGACUUGUCUUUGCUGUGGGGAUGUUCCAGUUCGGAGCUUUCUUCUAUCUCACUUACACGCUCGCAUAUGCUAUGGACUCUUAUGAGUCCAAGAUGCCUGAGAUGCUGAUUGCGAUGAACAUUGGCAAAAUGUCUAUCUCUUUCGCCUUUGGUUACAAAGUAAUUGACUGGGUCCAGGCCGAGGGUUAUAUUAAGGUCUUUGCAGGCAUCUUUUGUGGAGCAUUGACUAUUAACAAUCUCUUUGUUUUUGUCUUCCUGAUUUUCGGAAAAUGGUUCCGACAAUGGCUCAGCACCACUGGUCUCUCGAAGAUGCACAGAGAGAGUCUGGGUUGA